AUGGCCGGCAUGAACCCUGCAGCAGCAGCUGGAGGACCUGUCGGGAGUGGGAUGAAUAUGAUGAACAACGGUAGCCCAGCCACGCAAGCGAACAACAACGGCGGCAGCCACUCCCCGGACCAAGUCAAGAUGCAGUUAAACACCUACAUUUAUGAAUACUUCUUGAGAUUGGGUCAUUAUGAUAUCGCCAGGAGCCUGUUGCGUGAAGAGAAGUUUGAGCUCCGCACAAGGCCGCCUAUCAAGCAGAGUCCCGGUCGUCGCAAAGACCCAGAAGUGAACGGCGUGGAUGGAGAUGCCAUGGACACUGAUGCUAAAGACGAUAUUCCGGAUGAUCUACCCCGUCCUAUGCACUUCGGUGACAACAAUAGUCCUGGCAUCGGAUUCCUUUUUGAGUGGUUCAGUGUCUUCUCCGAUCUCUUCGCUGCUCAUCAGCGCUCGAGCAAGAUGCAGAGUGGUCAAGCUCAGGCACUGGGUCCUGCCGCGCAGUACCUCAUUCAACACCAGAACAUGCAGCGCAUGCGAGAGAAUCAGCAGAGUCAGAACCUGGCCCGUCCGGGCAUGAUGAACGCAAAUCAGUUUGCAAUGCGCGCAAAUAUGCGCAACAAUAUGAUGAAUGGAAACGUCCCAAGAGACAUGAGCAAACAAAUGACACCGCAACAAGUACACCAGCUGAGUAAAGCGGCAUUGUUGCAGCAGCAGCAACAAAUGCAACGCGAACAAGGCGAUGUAGAGAUGAACGGGCGCGCCUCUUCACCAGCGGAAGGGGAGAACGGUGGGUCUCCGUCCAAGAGACCACGGCUCGAAGGUCAACAAUUCAACGGUGGCAUGAUGCCUAAUGUUCGGCCAGGAAUGUCCAACGUCCCUCCCCAGAACAUGAUGAUCCAGAAUGCGUUCAACCCUAACAUGAACAACGCACAAUUCCGCCAGAAUGGCGGCAUGCCCCAGAAGCCAAUGCAGGGUGGGAUGGCUAAUGGAAUGAUGAAUAUGGGCAACGCUGGAUCCCCCAUGAUGCAAGGCAUCAAUCCCCAGUUCAGCGACAGCAUGCAAAUGGAAAUGUACAAUCAAAGAAUGGCCGGUCAACAGAUGCAGGGUACUCCCGGAGGCGGCCAGAGUGGGAACCACGCCUUGCAAGACUAUCAGAUGCAGUUAAUGUUGCUGGAACAGCAGAAUAAGAAAAGGCUGAUGAUGGCUCGACAAGAACAAGACAAUGCUGUGAACAGAGAUGGCGGACCCCUGGUCGGCAUGCAGCCUGCUGGGAUGUCGCCGUCGAACAGCCGGACAGGGACGUCGCCCAAUCCCGCCGACCAGAUGAAGCGGACACCUCAGAUGGGAGGAAUGCCAGGCUCCCCUUCAGCUGCGGAAGCGAUGGCGGGACGAUCACCUGCCCCCAUGAACUUCAUGAAUGGGAUGCCGGCCUCUGACUUUAAUCCAGCCAUGUUUAUGAAGGAGAAUCAGGGUAUGGUCGGACCGGGCGGGCCCAACAUGCGGCCACCAACAUCUAUGGAAAUGCAGCAAUCCAUGGCACGCCAACAGCAACAGAAUCGCAUGGCACAACAGUUCCAGGGUGGUCAGCCCAUGGCCCAGCAGCCAUCUCAAGGUCAGCCCCAGCCCAUCGGUACGCCUGGCCAAAGGAAUGAAAUGCCACCUCCUCAAGCCCCAGCGGGCAACAAUGCCCAGCGCAACCAGCCGGCGUCGCCGCAAAACGGCAAUGCUCCACCGACCCCGUCUACAACUAACAAGCCCAAUCCAAAGGCCAAGAAGGCCAAGGACGAGAACAAGAAGCGGCCGGCAAAGAAGAACUCGACCGCCAAUGCUCCCAGUUCUGAGAACGAGCCUCCUGCCACUCCAACACCUUCUACGCCCAUUACACCAGUGCAUCCACCUGGCUUCAAUUCUUCAGGCAAACCGGCAGCCCCUAACAUGCAGAAUAAUAACCAAUCUGCCGCGCCGAACCAGAACAUGCCUCAAGCUCAGCCCCAGAUGCAUCAACCAGAUCUCUCGCAACCCAACGCGUUUUCCGAGUUCAAUGGACCCGACCAGAACUUCAACUUGGACUUCAGCACCCUGGAAAACAGCGACGUACUCGAGAACUUCGAUUUUGACAGUUUUCUUAACACGACAAACGAUGACACCUUCAACUUUGACGGCACGGGGAUCGGAGUGGGCGGUGAUUUCAGCCUAGACGCAAGUGGCGAAUAG